CAUACAUACACGCGCCUCACCACCACAUCUCUCCGCGCGCAUAAACCCCCACGAGCACUCACGACACCCUAAACUCACGGGAUCAACGAAACCUCACAUUACACCUCACCACCACACCACACACACAAAAACCGCCAAAAUGUCUUUAACAACAAACACAACCUUUGAAUCUUUACCUUAUAUAGACACCCCCCCCUCCCCCAGCGCCCUCACCAGCGCCCGCGAAUUAAUCUCCUCCUCCCUCCCGGUCCCGUUACCAGAAUCCCACCCACGCCUCCCGCCCUGUCCCGCGCUCGAAGGUUUCGACCCCUCCUCCAGCGCGCCGAAGAAGAUGUCCGCUAUCGAUAUGUCCCGGUACGAAGCUUUGGAUGCGCCGGGGGCUGGGAGUUCAGUAGAGGAGAUCGAGGAUGCUGUUAGGAAAGCCGGUGUUACGAGUACCUACUUGAGACUCAGAGUGAGGGGGUUGGAGAACCUGGAAAAUGGAGCAAAGGGGAAGGAGGACUGGCUUGCUGGGAACGCGCAGACGGCGGAGGUGUUAGAGGGUGUGGAGAGAGAACUAGCAGAGACGAAAGAGGAGAUUGAGAGGGUUGUCUCAGAGAGGAGGAAUAGACAAGAAGCCGUUGGGGCGGAGAUGGAAGUUCUUGAAAAGACGUGGAGGGGGGGUGUGGGGAGGGUAGUGGAGACGGGUGUUGCUGCUGAGGGGUUGAGGAGGGAACGUCUUGAGGUUCUGGGGGCGUGA